CUAGGCUUAUUUUCAUUGUGUUUAUUUCUACUCUUUUCGAACACCUUCCUUAUCAGUAAAACCCAUGUGCUACCUGUGAUUUGAAUCGGAAAAGUGGGCAUGUCAUUACCAGCGCUCCAAGCAUUUCAUACGAUAGAAAAAUGUUACCACUUCAAUGCGUUUGAUUGUAUCAUAUAACAUAUUGAAUAUGAGGGACUCAUUUUUCACUACCGAUGCAGCUGUAGAAAUUUGAACAUAUUUUGAUAAAAUUCAUGCAUGAACUCUCAACUCUACCAUAUUUUUUAUUGAAGAACUUCCUGAACAAUAAUUCAGGUAUUUAACUUUUAAAAACCUAGCUAGGCUAACAGAGGAGGAAAUGUUUUGAUUCAUGAUAUAACUUUUAUUUGAUUACUAGAUAAUCACUGUAUUUUAUGCAUAGUAGAAUUCUAACUCAUUAAAAAAUAAUUCAACUUAGAAAAUAAAAAAAUAUAUACCUACCUACCAAUCCUUUAAAAUUUUGAGGUGAAAGUGGAAACCAACAUAUAUUUUUUUAGCCUUAUUUAUAUGUGGUUAAUAAAAAAAAUGUUAACUUAAAGUCUAGCUAUGAUUCAUAACUAUGUCAGAUAAUUGGUGAAAUUGGAACUAAAAAAUAUUUUUUUGGCCUUAUGUAUAUAGAAUGUGGUUAACAAAUUAAAUAUUAAUUCUACCUAUGAUCUAUAACUAUGUCAGUAAGGUAACCAUCUGAAUCUCGCUCCCUUAAUAUAGUUUUAGUCUGCAUACUGCUGGAGUAGACAGAACAUUAGUUAUCCGAGGACAACAGCUGUUAAUGUUCGAUCUGAGAACAGAUCUUUGUUGCCCAAAGCCAUAGGCUUUUGGGAUAUAUGCUAAAUGUUUAUGAAUUGAAUUUAAAAUUCUAAAGUUCUGAUGAAGACUAUUUCAUACCUGAUAAGAACCAGUUAUUUUUUUGGUUUUUCAAAAUUCCUUUUGAAUUGGGAAAAAUUAGCGACAUUUUCCUCAAAUUGGGAAAAAUCACUCAUAGUAAAUUAAAAUGGUAAAGAUGCAUAAAAUAAUCAAAUAACAAUUUUUUGGUUAGAGAUUUAUUUCAGAUCUGAUUUAAAAUCAUAAAAUAAAUCAUUAUUAUACCCCCCGCAACAACAUGCGGGGUUUUCUGGAAUCGGGUUGUCCGUCUGUCUGUCCAUCCGUCUGUAGACGCAAUGGUUUCCGGGCUCUAAAGCAUUAUCCUUUCCACCUACCGUCACCAUAUCAUAUAUAAGGACUACCCAUGGGAUGAAGAUGUUCCUUCUCGAUUUUGGGGUCAAAAGGUCAAAGGUCAAGCACACUGGACAUUGAAGUAGCAAUAUGGUUUCCGGGCUCUAAAGCGUUAUCCUUUCCACCUACAGUCACCAUAUCAUACAUAUGGACUACCCAUGGGAUGAAGAUGUUCCCUAUUGAUUUUGGGGUCAAAAGGUCAAAGGUCAAGCGCACUGGACAUUGAAGUAGCAAUAUGGUUUCCGGGCUCUAAAGCGUUAUCCUUUCCACCUACAGUCACCAUAUCAAACAUAUGGACUACCCAUGGGAUGAAGAUGUUCCCUAUCGAUUUUGGGGUCAAAAGGUCAAUGGUUAUGCGCACUGGACAUCGAAGUAGCAAUAUGGUUUGGUUUGUCAUGCCAUUCAGGGUUUGACACUAAGGCACGUCCGACCGACCGAGUCUACUAAAUGAUAGGUCCGGUCGGGUAAAAUGUCGAUAAACUAGUCCGACUGGUCGUGUUGAAAAGAUGAAUAAGAAACUUUACUUUAAACCAUCAGAUAUUUUAUUCUUAACUCCCCCCCCCCCCCCCCCAAUACCUGUUAAGAGUUUGCGAGCAAUUUUGAACCGAUUGAUGACAUAAUCUUUAUUUUCAGUUCUAAUGUAUUAGUCGCUGUCGGAAUUGAUGUUUUAGGACAUUUAUUCAAAUACUUUGAAUGUUAAAGGGACUGGUUCAUGUUGAACAGAAAAGAAAGGAAAAGGUUGGGAUGAAACAAAGCAGGGCUUAUGAAAGAGAAAAAAAAUAAAACGGUUGAGAAAUUAAGAAGAGGAGGGAAUUCUUGAGCGAUGUGAUACGAAAAAGAUACUGUCUGAGAGAUGGAAAGUAUGUUGCAGAGUCAGAUCUUCUCUGGGAAAUUGAACUUGAAUAUUGGAAGAAUGGGAAAGGGGUAAUGCCACAAGAUACUAAGACGGACUUAAUGGAAUGCAUGAAACUAUUGUUUCCAACAGCAAUUAGAAAGAAGAUAGCAAAAAAGCGUAAGAAAGUAUGGAAAUAUUGCAACCUAGACAGACAAGAAGCGGAAUCAUCAGAUGAAGAUGAAGAAAGCGAGAUUGUCACAGAGAAAGAAUUAAAACAAGAUGGAGGUGGUGUUCUUUGUUUAUUGGAUACCCAUAUUCUCUUCAAAGAUGUAAAAGCAUCUGAAAUGAAACUAGUACUUGCACCAUAUAUGGAGAAAGAAGGAAUUGAAGCCGUUCAUUUAGAAGUCUUUGACCGACAAAAAAUAGAUGGACAACUUUUUUCAGAAUUUGAUAUGGUAGACUUGGGGCAAGCAUUUGGAGACAUGCCAGUUGGAGACAGAAAAAGACUGCAGAAAAUUGUUCAGUCAAUUUUAGAAGAAGAAUCAGAAAAAGGUCCCUUUCUUCUAAUCCCAUCCAUGGAUUCAGAAACAACUGGAGAAAAAGUAGGUGGUGUAACUAAUACACAACAUCAUUCUAAAAGAGCUGUUAGUGAAAGUGAAGAAGGUGACUCUGAGACGAAGUUUAAAGAAAUAUUCCGUACCUUUGAUACUCGAGUAAAACCAUCAGAUGCCUAUAGAAAGCAUGCAGUUUUCAGAACAAGUAACUUUCAUAUCUCUGACUUGAUAGAACCUUUGCAUUGCUUCAGACAAAGGGAUGACCUAGAUCACUCCUCACUGCUGACAUGGAUUGCAGAGGAAACUAUCAGAUUUGCAGGAGCUUGCUUUUCUGACAGAACAAAUGGUACUGUGCACUUUGGUAUUGCUGAAAAUACUAAUAAAGAUGGCAUUUUGGAAGGAAAGGUAGUGGGUUUGCAAAUCAAUCAAUUAAAAUUCAUGGAGGUUUUCUAUCAAGAAAUUCAACAAGCCUUCUACAAGGACCAGCUUGGUAUUGUAUUACAAUGCUUAAGACCUCCCCAGUUUGUACAUGUGCAGAGCAAAAUGUUGACGGAAGAAGCAAUGUCACCUCUAUUUGUUGUUGAAAUUGAUAUUGUACCAAGCUACAGCCUAACAAACCAUGAUACUUUCUACAUUCGAGAGAAAAAGGAAAAAGAGGUUAUCCCAAGAAUUUACAAAUUUGACAAAAACAUCCCAAAAGCUUUGAGGGAUGAUGAAUUUAAGAAUUACAUGACAACAAAAUCCAAAAUAGCAGAACAUAGAAAUUACAAGGAGAAGACUGCUUUGCCAUCAAAGACUGAUGGAACUUUGCGAGACCAGUUCCUGAAUUUUUAUACAGCUGGAAGUGAAAAACUUACCAAUGAUAUUUAUCCCAUCCUCUUUCUCAGCCCCUUAGAUAGUGCAAUGAGUGAAGAUUUUGUGUCUGAUAAUUUUGAGUUUUUGCUCAACAUGGAACCAACUGCAAUAUUUGAUUUUCACUCGAGUCUGGAUGGGAAAUGUUUGUACAAUUUUGUAGAAGCUGAUCUAGAAAGAGUCGUUAAAGUUUACACCACAGAUAAUUUUGACAGAAACAGUGAGGAAAAUGCCAAUAAUCCUGAUAGUUUAAACAAUGUUCUUGAGGAGUUAAGAACGAGUCAACUCAAACCUUGGAUUUUUUGCAAUGGGUAUGAACUUCUUGAAAAACCUCCACUAAACAGGUUAGAAUGGAAGAAAAGAAGAAGUGAAGGCUUCAAAGAAGUAACCAGAUUUUUACAGCAAGAAAUACCCAAUGAAAGGGCCCUCAUCGUGUUUCUUAUUCUCUCCAAGAAUUAUGACAUCAUGCUUGAGGUUGCAGAGGAAGUCAUUUUGAAAUUUCAGAACCAAUGGAUUGCAAUGUCAGAAAAUGAAAGAUUGAUGGAGAACUGGCAAGAAGAAUUAUUGCGAAGAGACAGUGUAGACAAAAAGACAUUGAUUGAAAGGUGCAUCAUUGGGUUACCUUGGAAACAUGUAAACAACAUUGUGAAAGAAGUAAGUACUUCGUUACCUAUGAUGUCAAAAUGCCAGCUACCAACAUCAGCGGGGGCUUUCUGUUAUCUGAAAGAAAAAAUCCGAAAUGAACUUUGUGAUUUGGAAAUUCUCAGCAGUAGUGAAUGUGAAAUUGAUGAGAUUUGCAAUGAUACUCAUAGACUAGAAAUGCAUCGGCAGUAUGUGGAGGAAAAAUUUUACAAAGGAGGACAUGUGACUUGGUGGAAUCUAUACUUUGAAGACAAUCAUGUGUUAAGACGAAGUCAGCAAGAAAAGAUACAAGAGGGCGUUGAAAAACUUCUUGAGCGCAGAGUUGAAGACACUUGGGUACCGUGUUUCUACCUGUUUCAUCAGCCAGGUGCUGGUGGGACCACUACAGCACAUCAAAUUUUAUGGCAAUUUAGGAAGAAAUACAGAUGUGCUUUAAUUAGAAAAGUAACCGAUCAAACGUGCGCUCAACUAGAUAGAUUGAGAUUCUUUGAAGACCCAGACAAUCCCAAGCCACCGAUCAUUCUUAUUGAUAAUGGAGAUGAAGAGAAAGUACGGGAUUUACAUGCUCGUAUGGAACAUAGAGCUAGAACAUCCGGCAAAAGCGAUGCAAGAAGAAUCUACUGUCUCUUACUUCUCUGUAUUAGACGUGCAAACCUUCCCAUUUCUACUGAUAGUCAUACAGUUCAAUUAAAACAUGAGUUGACUGCAAAAGAGCUUGAGUGGCUGAGAAGAAAGUAUCAAUCCCUGGAUGAAAUGUACAAGAACAAUAAAGGAGUGGAUCCAAAACUCCUUAUAUCUUUCAAUAUUUUGAAAGAAAACUUUGAUUCAAAUUACAUAGAACGCACAGUAAAGGAAUUUGUUGAUAGCAUUGAUGUUGAAAAGGAAAAGUACCUCAUCAAGUAUUUGUCUCUGAUCAACUCUUAUGAUAUCGAUUUUCAGUCAGUACCUUUGAGUGCAUUUGAUACUAUGAUGGAUGAAAGAAGAACCAAACCAAUUUUUUCGAUGGGCAGUGUUACAGGGAGACGACGCCAUCCAUCAAAUUUGUGUAGGAAAUGGGAAAGCACUUUAAGCCAGUCAACAGUGGUACUGCUGAACAGAAAUGCAAGAGUUUCAGCAGGUGUGCAAGUACUGUCUAUUGUUAGUAAACUCUUUGCAAAAGCUAUUCUUGAUUACAUUGUCCGAAAAGAGAAUCUUUGCAUUGGUGAUGUUAUGAUAGAGUUUUUGAAGCACCCCCUCUUCUUGAUGGAGAAUGCAUCAACCAGGCAGCUCAAGAAAAUUGUUCAAGACGUCUUGAAAAAGAGAGAAUUCACAGUAGACCAAAAGAAAGAAAUGUUCUCUCCAGUUAUAUUGAAUGUGGAAGAAAAGGAGGGGAAAGACAAGGCAGCAGCUGUUCUUGAGACUGGUUAUGAGAAAACAAAAGAUCCCAUGCUAGCACAACAGAUAGCUCGAUUUUACAUUCAUGUUGGAAACUGGGGGAAGGCGGAGCAAUUUGCAAAGUUAGCAGUGGAUAGCAAACCUGAUAAUUCCUAUCUUUGGGACACCUAUGGUCAGAUAUACAAAAGGAGAUUAACAGACAAAUAUAAAGAAUAUAUUGCGGAUUCAGAAGCUCCCAACGAUGUAGAAAUACAGGAGAUUUUGAAACUAGCUAUGAAGGGAAUAGAGAAAUUUUCAAAGGAACAGAGAGUCAGUGAGAAAUCACAUUUUAGUAGGGAAAAUGAUGCAGGGUACUUUGGAGAAGUACGCCUCAUCGUUCAACUUCUUGAUUUGAUGUACCUGUGGUUUCCCGAAAAAGACAGCAAAUCAAAUUUGCAUACCUACCUGGUGAAUCUGAGCAAUCCGAGGGAAUUUGACAUUUUUUCAGAAGAGAGUAGAAAAUUCCUGAACAAUCUCCAAAAUCGCUCGGAGAAGACAAUGCAAGUUAUAGAAGACAAACUUGCUCAACUGAAAAGUGAAAAAGAAGGGGAAAUUUUUAAACUGAAUACAAGUUACAAUCCACGACAUGAGCUUGUUCAGCUCAGAGAGAACCUGGACAAUUAUCUGGGGGAACAAACUGGUGAAAUACCUGACCAUCUUACACCAGAUUCGAGAGCUUCUUUCAUAAGACGAAGAGUUGUGCGCUUAGGUGGUAGAUCUUCGUCGAGUAUCUUAGAUUUAAGGCACAAACCAGAAGGAGAAAAACACUUGAAAGAAAUGGCUUUAAAGCUCUUGGAAAACACAAAGUCCCAAUUUGCAGGGGUUUUUGAUUUUAUUACGCUAAUAACGGUGAAGCUUGUUCAAAACAUGUCUGUAAAAAGCAUUCGGGAAGAAGACUUUAAAAAUCUUGUCGAUUGGAGUAGGAAAGCAUAUGAGAUGACGUUACAGAUUGGAGAGAAUGAACGGCCACAUUUGGAAGCGUUCAUGUACUUUGUGAUGAUUCAUUGGCCAACCGAGAACAAAAGGAAGUAUAGAUUAAGCCCUGUCGAGACUGUUCAAGAGGCAAUAAAAAGAUGGAAAAAUGCAUUCUACAAAAAUCAUCCAAAACAGAAAGAUGAACCUUUUCGUCGUAGAGAAACAACUUACUAUUUCCUCGGAAAGGGAGACAAAGUUAAGGAGAUUAUAUAUUCUAAAGAGUUGAGAUUGAAACAAACAUACUUGGAUGGAGAAGCUUUAUGGCGGUCAAAACCUGUAAAAGACAUGCUUCAACAACUUAAGGGGACAUUACUUAAUGAUGGCUGGGAGAUAUUACACGCUGUUAUCAGUCAAGGUGGAAAUAAGUCUUUCAUUAAAGUUAGAAAUUCACACCCAAGCCCAAGGAGUUUGUGGCAAAAGAGCGUUGUGUUCUACCUAGGGUUUGGUUGGAACGGACCCAAAGCAUAUAUACAGACAGACCAAUACUCACAGGAUGAAGCGGUGUCUGGCCAAAUGCAAGAAGAGGAGGGGGGGAUUGUCCCUCACAUAAAACAAUCAUCAAAUCCUGGGAAGCAAAACAGGGGAACGUGGCAAGAUGUAGCCACCCACGAGGCGUACCGAAAUGCCCUAAGGAAAAUUAAUGUCCAGUUAAAAGAAAUUGAAAGUUUAAAGAAAACGAAAACUCUAACUCAAAAACAGAGAGAUACUAUGAGAAAAGAGCCACGCCUAGUGGAAGAACGGGAAGACUUACUCAGGAGAAGAUGUGAAUUUGUGGAUCGCAACUGAAACUUCUGGGUGAUGAUUUUGAAAAUCCGGAAUUUGUUGAAUCUUUAUGAUGCUGUGAAAUCACCUUUGAUGACUUAACUGGUAUGGUGGUGUUUGUUGAAAAUGAUGAUUAUUAUCGCUUGAUCCAAAAACUUGUUUUGACAUAAUCUUCUAUAGGGACAUUGAGGGUAUUUUCAUGUUUAAGCAUUUUUCUUUUAAUCAUGAUUGUGACGAGAAAGAAUAUGGUGGUUUCUUCAACCUUCAUGUACAAUGUGGUGGUGGAUAUGAUUUACUUUACCAUUCGUGAAGAGGGUAUGUUCCUGGCCCGUCAGUCCCGUUUCUAUCAUCACAACUCCUCUAAAACCACAGAACAGAAAGUUAUGUAACUCUGUAUUUGAUUAGGUCAUACUCUCUAGAUGUGCAUAUUCACAGGCAGAUCUUCUGUCAUUUCAUUUCUAUGGGAGUCGUGCCGCACACUUUUGAUCAUACAAAUUUGAUUCCUGUAUCCAUCUAUGUACUCAAAAAUGCAUAAUGAUAGAGUAAUGUAAGUUUCAUAUGCCCACUAUGCUGUAAUUCAAAUUAACAAGAAGAUGUUAAAGGCAGUGUAUUGUAUUUGAUGAAUAGCAUUGUCAUUCAUUGUGUGUAGCUUUGUCAUUCAUUGUGUGUCAUUCAUUGUGUGUAGCUUUGUCAUUCAUUGUGUGUAGCUUUGUCAUUCAUUGUGUGUAGCAUUGUCAUUCAUUAUGUGUAGCAUUGUCAUUCAUUGUGUGUAGCAUUGUCAUUCAUUAUGUGUAGCAUUGUCAUUCAUUGUGUGUAGCAUUGUCAUUCAUUAUGUGUAACAUUGCCAUUCAAUAUGUGUAGCAUUGUCAUUCAUUGUGUGUAGCAUUGUCAUUCAUUACAUACAAUUUUGUCAUUACUUCGUACAACAUUGUCAUUCAUUGUGUACAACAUUGUCAUUCAUUGUGUACAACAUUGUUAUUCAUUUUGUACAACAUUGUUAUUUAUUGUGUACAACAUUGUUAUUCAUUGUGUACAAUAUUGUCAUUCAUUAUGUACAACAUUGUCAUUCAUUGUGUACAAUAUUGUCAUUCAUUGUGUACAAUAUUGUCACUCAUUGUGUACAACAUUGUUAUUCAUUGUGUACAAUUAUUGCUAUUUGGCCUGUGGGGCUAUCUAGCUUUUCUGUAUUGUUUAAACUUCUCAAGUUUGACGUAAAUGAUAAACUCUUUCAUUCAAGACGAAACGUAAGUUAAUUGUUUCAGCUGAUAGAAUUAUAUCAAUUAAGACAAUAUUUUUUUUGUAAUUACUGUACUAUUUAAAAUUCAUCACAUAAGAUCAGAGAAUACAGUCUCAUAACAAUGUCUCACAAAGCUUUUGUUAUUCUAUUCAUAUAUAUGUAUAUGCAGUGAUAAUUAACACACACAAAAACAAAGUGUGUCUGUUUUACGAGAUGGAAUUUGGCACUUAAUAUAAUAGAAUGUGGAUAGAAAGUGACAUAUUUCUGGAAUGUGGGGGGAAAAUAUGCAGGUGAAGUCGCACACGGCUUACUACAACGUCAUUCUCAUGUAUGGCCCACUCACAGCAGCAUAACAAUUGCAUAACUCAUUCGACUAAAAACGGAUAUUUAAGAUGGAAACUGCGAUACGUUUGAUCACGAUUGCAAUUCAAAGAGUAUCACAAGCGUCCAUGUUUUUAUGUAAAAAGAAAACUCUUUUUAUCAGGAAAAAACCCGUUCCAUUUAGGACAGUAGGUUUCAUACUUACAUGUAUAUAUCGGGACUCUAAUGUCUUUUUUGCAAGCUAAACACUUAACCCCCCGUAACAGACUAAAAAUUAUGUGCCCUCUAAAAAAUAAGGGCCAAAUCGGUUUGCAUCUGAUGGUGGGUCAAACAAUAAACCAAGUGUUUGUUCAAUAUCUUGAAAACCAUGCUUGACAAACAACGUGUACUGGUUUCCCCUUAUGAAUAUAUGACCCCUAUUGGUUUUUAGGUCAAAAGGUCAAGGUCCAAUAUGGCGAUCUGCUCAAUUUCCUGGAGAACCCUUUCGUUGACGUCAAGCUUAUUAGUCUGGUUCUGCCUAAAAAGUAGAAGACUUGUAUGAUUUUGAGAUCAGAGGUCAAUGGACAGACUACAUACAAGAUGGUACCUGAUCCCACCUCUGGUAUGUUCAGGGUUCAGAACUUUUGUAUUUCUCUUAAUUUCGAAUCCUAUACAGGAUUUGAGUUUUCAAGGAAAUCAUUCAAUAGCCCUUUAUAUAGGAGUUGACUUUUUUCUUUCUUUUUUAAAGAAAAAAGUCUAUUGUGGCUGAUAAUUAACACCCACCCCUGCAAACGAAGUGUGGGGGUAUAUUGGAAUCACCAUGUCCGUCUGUCUGUACACAUGAUUUUGUCCGUGUAUGUUCUAAGAAAUUAGUGCAUGUACUUUUGUUUUUGCAAAUUUGUAACAUUGCUCACCAUAUGAAGAUGGGCACCUGGUAUUUUCAUAUUGAUAGGGUCCCGUGGAGAUCGGGGUUAGAAUAGAUCCUCAGUACCAUGAUACAUGCUCGUCAUUAGACGGGACGCAUUACGUGCGUCUGGCUGGCUGGCUGUCUAUCCGCCCGAGGUCAUGUUUUCCGUAACAGAUGCAUGUACGAUUUUGAAAUUUAGUCACAAUCUCUCCCUCAAGAAGGGUUAGAGUGAGUUUGCAUUUCAGCUUGAUUGGUCCGUCCUUGGCCUACUUUAGGGCUAUAAGUAAGUCAAACAGUUUUCUGGACUUAUAUCACAGAUACAGAUAUUGCACUGAAAUUUACACAUACGCUUCCUCUCAGAGGAAUACAGGUUCAGUCUGCAGCUCAGCGGGAUUGGUCCAUCUACAUUAGUAAUGAAAGUACAUCAAAUAGUUUCCAGACUUUUCAUUACGGAUACAGAUAUUGGGCUGAAAGAGGGUGUCUCCGAAGCGGGAAUUUUCCUUAAUAGGAGCUCCGUGCCAGCACUCGUGACGUAGAACUGACCUUCAUCCAUAUUCAUAAUUGUAUUGCGUAUUUGCCAUUUACAUACCUGUAGGAUUUCCCUGUACUAAGAACAAGCCUAUUACAUUUUAUGUGUCAGUACAUUAUUCAUGUAGUCUAAACAUAAUUUUUGAAAUCGUGAUAAUUAAAUUGUCUUUUUUUCUUUCGAGUAUCAGAUACAAUAUAUAUGGUUACAUGUUACAAGUGUAUCAAAUAUUUAAUAUUCUAUGUUACUACAGUCUAAAAGCUAUUAUUUUCCAGAGCCAGUUGUUGGCAACUUUACAUGACUCUGACCACAAAACAAAAUAUGGAAAGUUUAAUACGCAUUUAAAAAGUUCAACAUAAUUCGAAGAACAUGCACCUGUAAAAAUCGAUUCACCAUAGCACUUUGCUAUUGGAAUACAUAUCAUCCCCACUCAAACUGUUUAACAGUUAUUUACCUUGUUCGGCUUUAAAGGUUUUCUUCCAAAGCUUUGCAAAAUUCAAAAAGGUUUUUUGUAAAAGGCAUCAUGCCUUUGUCAACAACUUUCACUCCGCGAAUCAUACAAGUUAUCACUAGUAACCUUGACUAUUAAAACAGGGGUGCAUGUAUCGCAUGCUGUAUUCGGCGUCCUAUUCAUAAACUAAACAGCGUCCAGGUUGGAAGUUUAUUUCAAACUCGGCACACACAUGUAGUAAUAAACAAAGGUUUGACAUGAAACAUUUAUAAAAACUAUAAGCAUUUUUCAAUUAAGAAAAAAAUCUUAAUGUAAAACUUAAUAUGAAAAAAAUAAAUGUGUUCGUGAAGGAUUUGAACCCAGUCGUUUAAAAAAACCCACUUUUACAUAUAAAAGUAGACGACCUUACCGACUAAACCACUCAAGAAAUCAACUAAGGAAAAUUAACGUAUAGGUGUAGUUGAAAAUGAUAUCAGCGGAGUGGUUUCGAUUUUUUUAAAUGUACAAAAAAAAAAAAAACCCUCGUGAAACAAAAUUUCAAAGCCACAUUUUUAAAAAGUAUAUAGAAGAAAGCUCGACAGUUUUUCUGAAAUUCCGGGAUACCCCUCCAUUUCAACACUAAACAUAUCAAUUGCGUAUAGCUUUAUUUAAAAUCGAAAUAGUUUGGCUAUUUUUUGUUAAUACACGUCUUUUAAACUUAUUUUAAAAACAAUGUUAAAAACAGUGUUUGAAUCAAGACGUACAUUCCAAUUUGGGGUUUGUUUUUUUUUUUUGGUUGAAAGGUGAAGAUAGUGAACAGUAGUCAAUCUCAUAACUCCUUCAAGAAAUACAAGUUCAGUUUGCAUUUCAACUGAUUGGUCCAUCUUUGAACUACUUUUAGGCUAAAAAUAAGUCUUAACAGUUUCCCGGACUUUUUCUCAUUACGGAUACAGAUAUUGCCCUGAAGAAAGGAAAAUAUAGUGAUCAAUCUCAUAAAUCCAAUAAGGAAUAAAAAUAGAGAGUUUGGCAAACACGGACCUCAGGAUAUACCAGAGGUGGGAUCAGGUGCCUAGGAGGAUUAAGCAUCUCCUGUCGCCCGGUCACAUCCACCGUGAGUCCUAUAUCUUGAUCAGGUAAACGGAGUUAUCCGUAGUCAAAAUCAGUGUGCCAAGAAGUGAUAUUUAGUCACGGGCUUCUUCUCGGCAUUUCAGCUGGAUUGGUGCACUUUGUUUGCAAAAUAUUUCAAAAAUAAAUUAAAGGGUUUGAAUCCUACCAUAUCCAUACAUUUCUUUUAUUAAAGUAAAGUGAAAAUGGCUUACAUUUUUUGCAAUUACUCCCCUUAUACCGGAAGUUGGGGCAAUUACGAUUGCGGUCAUAGGUUUCACAUAAAUAGAACUAGCAAACAGUGUAUAUUAAAGGUUACUUCACCACAUUCUUCACGUUGUUUUUUCCUCUGUAUCAAGUGUGCAAUUAAUACCGAGGAUUCCAGUAAUGGUAUAUUAUAAAAUCAACAUACACCUAGUUUAAAAGCACAAUGAAAGCAUGCAAGGUGAAUAUAACGAACAGUGAUCAAUCUCAUAACUCCUAUAAGCAAUACAAAAUAGAUAGUUGGGCAAACACGGACCCCUGGACACACCAGAGGUGGGCUCAGGUGCCUAGGAGGAGUAAGCAUCCCGUAAGCCGUAUAUGAUUUACGGAAUAUUAGUUGUUACUGAUAUUUAGUUAUGCUAAGUGAUGUUACAUACUUUUCUGUUCCUUGAGACUCUGUCUUGUAUAUAACUGCAGACAUCAAGAAUAGAUAAGAAUAGUCCGUACACUCAAUCAGAUCACCUUAUACCGUUUUGUUAAAAUUGCAAUUAAUUAAGAGUAUAUCACUCGGCAAUAACAGACGGGUGUCACGUGACCUAGCGGGGUAUUGUGUUUCCCUUGGCCAAACAUAUGUUCAUGCUUCACCGUGGUGCAUAUAAACCUUAUGAUGAAUACUUGUUUAAUUCAUGCAAAUCCUUUUCACUUUUCCCAGUGAAUGAUGUUUAAAUGUGAAGGUCGAAUUGCAUAUGGAAAUUCUUAAUUUAACUUCGCCCUGUUUCCCCAUUUUCCUUACAUAGUAAUUUCCUUCGGAGUGAUCAAGUGUCGUUAAUUAGUUAAUUGAUAUACGCAUACUGGUCUUGUAUUAACAAUCUGUCUCAAACAAGAAGACAGCACUGGAUAUUCCUUCUGUCGUGUAAUGGAAUUUUUGAUAGCAGUAGAUCACAGCAUUAUUAUACACAGCUAAUAGGACAAUUUAAUUCAUGACCGAAUGACUUUAAGGUAUUCUAUGAAAAAGUGAGAUAACAAAUAGUGUCAUAGUGCCAAAUAGUGAUCAUCUCAUAGCUCAUGGCAUGAAAUAGUGAUCAUCUCAUAGCUCAUGACAUCAAAUAGUGAUCAUCUCAUAGCUCAUGACAUCAAACAGUUAUCUCAUAGCUCAUGAUAUCAAACAGUUAUCUCAUAGCUCAUGAUAUCAAAUCGUGAUCAUCGCAUAGCUCAUGAUAUCAAAUAGUGAUCAUCUCAUAGCUCAUGUUAUCAAACAGUGAUCAUCUCAUAGCUCUCAUCUCAUAGCUCAUGACAUCAAAUAGGGAUCAUUACAUAGCUCAUGAUAUCAAAUAGUGAUCAUCUCAUAGCUCAUGACAUCAAAUAGUGAUCAUCUCAUAGCUCAUGAUAUUGCAUUCAAUAGGGUUUUCGCAUUAUGAAUGACAGAAUGAUCAUGAUUAUAUAAAGUACAGACAAUUUCCCUUUUAUUUUAUUUGAAUACUCACUUCCGCCCCUACCCGGGGUUAAAUCACAAUCUGCAGAACCAAAUCCCCUAGCAGCAUGUAACCAGCGCGCUAGACCGCUCGACCAUCUAGGCAAGUCAAAUAAAACUUGAUUUCGAUGACGAUGGAAUUCUCACCAUGUAGUCACAAGCCACACAGCCAUUGAGAUUGGAAAUGAGAUAGUUAUCUAAUGUAUAUAGAAGAUACACAUUGAGAAUGGAAGUGGGAUACAGUUAGCUAACGUAUAUAGAAGAUACACAUUGAGAAUGGAAGUGAGAUACAGUUAUUUAAUGUACAUACAGGAUACACAUUGAAUUUGAAAUGAAAUAUAUCAUACAAAUAUACAAACAUAUAUGUAUGUAUAUGUAUGAAUUAUAAUUAUAAUUACAGUCUAAAAAAAUAACUGAAUAUAUUGUGUAACAGGAAGGGAGAAAAUAAAACGGACCAGACCGGGAUUCGAACCCGGGCCCCCUGAAUCUCUAGUCAGGUGCUCUACCAACUGAGCUAACUGGCCACCGGCGAUCGAACCCGGCUGACCGCUACAUUCCUGCCUCCUUAAAUGUCUUCACACCUGACUGAAGACAUCAACCCAUGAUCUUUAUCCCCUGGCAGGCAUUUUCACCUGUCAGUUCCAGGGUGUGACCACGGCACCAAAUGUAACAGGAAGGGAUAAAAUGCAACGGACCAGACCGGGAUUCGAACCCGGGCCCCCUGAAUCUCUAGUCAGGUGCUCUACCAACUGAGCUAACUGGCCACCGGCGAUCGAACCCGGCUGACCGCUGCACUUGUUUAUAUAUUACAGUUAGUUCUUCAGGCAGUUUCAGAGAAUGGCUAUAAAGUGCAGAAUUCUUCCUAUGUGUGUUUUAUCUAUCUACGUAGGUUUGCUCAGUGUUAAUGCUGUUAUAGGAGCUGUUGUGAAUUCUACUGGGAUCACAAACAGUACCACCAACAAUGGAACUACCCCAGCUGUCAUCAACGACGGCGGCAACGAUGAUGGGUCUCCGUCCACGGGCCUGACGGUACUGUACGUGUUUCUGGGGAUUUUUGGGGGUUUCUUCGUACUGAUAUUCAUGUGCAUUUGCUGCACUCUUCUGUGUAAACAGUGUGGACAUUGUGAAGACGCGGAAGUCAACAUGACAUGUGAGUGCUGCGGUGCCACGGUUUGGCAGAAGUCAUAUUAAUUAACAACCGCCAGUGUGUGACAAAAGUCGUAUCAACCUACCCCAGUGUGUGACAAAAGUCAUAUCAACAUACAUCAGUGUGUGAUAAAAGCCAUAUUAACGUACGCCAAUGUGCGAAAAGUCGUAUUAUAUUACAUGAGUGAAAUUAUCAAUUUAUUAUACUACACUUGUAUGAAUGAAGUUAUUAUCAUAAUAGAGUUCAUCAGUGGGCAACAGACGUGGAAGUCAUACUAGAUGACACCGGUAAAGAAACAAUCCCUAGUACUUUCCUUCCUAUUCACAUUGUAGUAGAACUCUCUCAAGUAGGUGUAGAUCAUUUGGCAGUGCACCAUAUUCAUCAAAGGAAAUGAUAGCACUUGAACUAUACUAUAAAACUGGACAAUGAAUAAGCGUUACAAUGACACCAACUUAACAUAAAUCAAAAUUAAAUCUAUGAACGAGAGCCCAUGGGCCACAACGCUAACAUCAAUCACCAUUGGCCCUGUUAUACAUGGGAAGAAGAUUUUUAUAAAGAUAUUUACAUUCUUUAACCCCAGUAGAAAUGUUGGUCCAGUGGUUUUUGAGAUCUUUAUAUGUUACAUUCUACAUAUAUAUAGUUUUUAUUACUUUCAUCUUGAUUUAUUUACCUGGUAAAUACUUUUAUUCCUCUGCGCGUUUGUUAAAGGAUAUGAGAGCGAAUGUUUACUGCACUAAUUACGAUGUAAUAAUUACACGUUACUAUUUACGAUAGUUUGUAAUGGGACUGUAUACGACACUGAUUACGAAAGUAUAUACGAGUAUUUACAACACUAUUUACGACAUUGAACGUGAGUGCUUACAACACUAUUUACGACAUUGCAUGUGCGUGUUUAUGACAUUUUAAGUGAACGUUUACGACACUAUUUACGACAUUCCAUGUGAGUAUUUACGACAUUUGAUGUGAAAAUUUACGACACUAAUUACGACAUUACAGGCGAGUGUUUACGACAAUUUAAGUGACAGUUUAUGAUACUGAUUACGACUUUAACUGUGAUUAUUGUAGACAUAUUUUUAAUUAAAAUUCCAUCCGUCUUUUUGAUGCCUCAUCAUACGCUACAGGGGUCUUACUUACGAAUACGUCAUCAGAACACUUCAACCACUUAACAUGCAAUCAGGAAGAACGAUAUAGGGGUGAAGGAGAGGAGUGUAGUUUACUGCCUAUUUUAUGGAAACAAAGAAAGUAUCGAUUUCACAAUAGUAAGAUUAUCUUCACUAAAUAUCUCUCAAAAGUUCAAGAGCUUCAACUCAAGCAUGCAUCUAAUGACUCCGACAAACAUACUCUUUCUCUGUAAAUGCUAUUAGAAGAACAUCCUAGUGCAUCCCCAUUUUCAGAAAAUACUACUAUUCAAGAAACCAUGUACGGUUUUAAAAGUACAUAUUACAAAUUUCCAAAUCCGUAAUUUGUGUUAUAUAUCACAGCAAUUAGAAUUGAGAACUUGUAUAUUGUAAACUCUUGUGUUCGAAUGAAGGGAAAGGGUAUUUAUUUCUCUGUCAUUUAUGUAUUUAUAGAACAAAGUUUUUGAGGUAUCUAAUUCUCUUUGAUUUAUGCAUUUAUAGAACAAAGUUUUUGAGGUAUCUAAUUCACUGUCAUUUAUGUAUUUAUAGAACAACGUUUUUGAGGUAUCUAAUUCUCUGUCAUUUAUGUAUUUAUAGAACAAAGUUUUUGGGGUAUCUAAUUCUCUUUCAUUUAUGUAUUUAUAGAACAAAGUUUUUGAGGUAUCUAAUUCUCUGUCAUUUAUGUAUUUAUAGAACAAAGUUUUUGAGGUAUCUAAUUCUCUGUCAUUUAUGUAUUUAUGAAAUAAAUUUUUCAAAUUCAUCUUUGAUUUCAAAUAUGUGUGUCGAUGUACUGCUGAAGUACCAUGUUACUUAAACGUCAUCAUCCACGUAUAAAACAUUGCAUUACAUAUUUAGAUUGUUACGUCAUGUACAGGACAGAUGAGGCAAUCAGCUUAUGUCCGAUCCAUUUGUUAAUAUAAUAGAUUACAAUAAAAGAUGUUUAAACAAG